UUGGAAAUCGUGCGAUUCGUUGUGCAACAACUGAAAAACUUUCUCACCAAAAGGUGUCUCAUGUCAAAAUCGAUUCACCUGUUUUUCGCCUACACACAAAUGCAACUGUUAUUUUAUUAAUAACAUUCUCGAUCGCUGUUACGACGCGGCAGUACGUAGGAAAUCCCAUAGACUGUGUACAUACAAGAGACAUUCCCGAAGAUGUCCUCAACACAUAUUGUUGGAUACAUUCGACAUAUACAGUGGUGGACGCUUUCAUGAAGAAGCAAGGUUCCGAGGUGCCUUUUCCUGGGGUUCAUAAUUCACAGGGACGUGGACCUCUCACAAUAAAGCAUACAAAAUAUUAUCAAUGGGUGGCGUUUACGCUAUUUUUUCAGGCGAUUUUAUUUUAUACUCCAAGAUGGCUGUGGAAAUCUUGGGAAGGUGGCAAAAUUCAUGCACUUAUCAUGGACUUAGAUAUAGGAAUUUGUUCCGAAGCCGAGAAAAAACAAAAAAAGAAAUUACUAUUAGAUUACUUAUGGGAAAAUCUAAGGUAUCACAACUGGUGGGCUUACAGAUACUACGUGUGCGAAUUAUUGGCACUCAUAAAUGUGAUAGGUCAAAUGUUUCUUAUGAAUCGAUUUUUCGAUGGCGAAUUUUUGCAAUUUGGCUGGAAAGUUAUAAAAUAUAUGGAGGAUGAUCAAGAAGAUCGGAUGGAUCCCAUGAUCUACAUUUUUCCCAGGAUGACCAAAUGUACAUUUUUUAAAUACGGUUCUAGUGGGGAGGUGGAGAAACACGAUGCCAUUUGCAUAUUGCCAUUAAAUGUUGUUAAUGAGAAAAUUUAUAUUUUUCUUUGGUUUUGGUUUAUACUUUUAACGUUUCUAACACUAUUAACGUUAAUAUACAGGGUGGUAAUUAUAUUUUCACCACGUAUGAGGGUGUACUUGUUUCGUAUGCGAUUUAGGUUAGUGCGUCGAGACGCUAUUGAAAUAAUCGUUCGUCGUUCGAAGAUGGGCGAUUGGUUUUUAUUAUACUUAUUAGGUGAAAAUAUAGAUACAGUUAUAUUUCGUGAUGUUGUACAGGAUUUAGCCAAUCGUUUAGGACAUAACCAACACCACAGGGUGCCUGGACUGAAAGGUGAAAUACAGGAUGCAUGAUAUUGGGAGUAUUAGAAACAAUACAAAAUGCAAUUUGUCGUCUCAAUAUAACCAUCACCAACAACAACAACAACAACAAUAAAAACACCAAAACCGCUUUAGCAACAGCAUCAGCACCGGCUUCAAAAAA